UGCGCCCUUACCAACUCGACUUGCUUCUGCCCGGAAAGCUCGAAUCGAGACAACCUCCUUACCUGUGUAAGCAACUGCACGACUAAGGAGAGAUUCAUUACCACGCGACUCUCCGCGCAAGUAUGCGAUAUCGAGCAACGCCAAGGUCCUGCCGAGAUCAAUGGCGCGACUCUUGCGCCCCUGAUCCUGGGCGCAAUUUUCUUUAUAAUUAGGAUCGUAGCCAAAGGCCUCGGUCUUGCUGGUGGCUGGGGAUGGGACGAUUAUACCAUCAUAGUUUCGUUUGCAAUGGCCGUGGCUAUCUACGUCCUCAACGUUUUCUGCAUUCGGAAUGGAUUUGGCAAGGAUAUCUGGGAUAUUCCCUUCGACAACAUCACCAAAUUCUAUCAGCUUUUCGAAGCCCUCGCCGUGAUGUAUAAGAUCCAAAUCUCUCUCGCCAAAAUCUCGGUCUGCCUGUUUCUUCUGCGCAUCUUCCAGUCCCGAUCGUUCCGGUAUUCCGCGUAUACGCUCAUGGGCGUCAACACAGCCAUCGGCAUAACAUGGGCUUUUGUCGACUCGCUGAGAUGCGUGCCACCGCACCUGGGAUGGAAGGGGUGGAUGAACGAAGAGGAGGGCCAGUGCAUUAAUUUCAUCGACGCCGUCCUGGUCAACUGUCUCGUCAACAUCGUCGUGGACACGGCAUUGAUCAUCAUGCCCGUUUACGAAGUCAGCAAGCUCCAGCUCCCGAUCCAGAAGAAGCUCACCGUGGGCCUGAUGUUCGUGAUGGGAUCAGUAUUGACCGUCAUCGCCAUCAUCCGUGUUAUCGUCUUCUGGAACAACCGAUGGGGCGAGAACCAGACUUACGGGUUGUAUCCCCUGAUCCACUGGUCCGUCAUCGAAUGCCAAAUCGCCGUCAUGUGCGCCUGCCUCCCUGCCUCGCGGGCUUUGAUCAGUCACUUCUUCCCCGGAAUCAUGGGCAAUUCGACGCGACGAACGUACGGCACCGGCCCUUCCAACUGGUACAACAAGGAACCGUCGGCGGGCAACAGCAAGAUCGCCAAGUCGGUCAGCUACUCGGUGAACUAUACGCCUCGGUCGCAACAAGAUGAUACGACUAGUAUGGUCGAGCUGAUGGAUGUCGAGGGGGCGGCGAGGUUCGCUCGAUGA